AUGAAGGAUCUACUUCUGGAGCCUAGUACUGCCGCAUCUCCUGUCGCGGGGACAGUCCCAUUUUCUCUGCUGUCGGCCGAAGGUGUUAGAGCUUACCGAAGAGCUCUUUUCCGGAAAGAGGUGAUAGACAACUGCGCCAGUUCCCCAUUCCCAGGAGCAUUGAUACUGCGCGACGCAGCGAAGAGAUCGGAUUUCAUCAAGGAUUUCUGGACACACCCCAAGACAAUGGCAAUCGUAUCCGAGGCAGUCGGUGUACCUCUAGAGGUGGUAAUGCCGACAGAGAUAGGCCACACGAAUAUUCAAGUCCAAGGCACUACUAUUAGUGACAUGGCAAGCAACCUGAAGACAGAACCAUCAGUUGAGAAGCUUGCUCUCAGCUCUGAAGACCAAGCUUACGACCCAUUGAAAGACACAAGUUCAAUCAUACCCUGGCAUGAUAUCCAGGUUGAAGGACCGCAGCUGGGUUAUGCAGUGAUGCUUCAGGGUGGAGAAGUCUGCCACCUCGCUGCUCGUGCCAAAGGAGUCAAAGAGCGAAUCUCUACUAUUACCUCUUAUCGUUCGAAGGUACCAGGCAUAUACGACUCAAGCUACAUUACGAAUGUACGGCCCUACGCAGAUACAAAAUCUCUUUACCCUGAAUGGGAAAGAUAUCGCCUGCAAAAACUGAGAGACGAGAUUACCCAUUUCCUUGACGAGACAUCGAACGGUCCGGCCCGGGAGAAAACAGACAUACACACCCUUGUCAACCAACAGAUCGAAUACUUGAAGCGAACAUCUCGGCAAAUGGUUGAUCCCGAAUACACCAAGCAGAUUGUAGAGAAAUACGGCAAGCCGGCAUACUACGAUUCACCGAAAAUCUGGAAAGUGGUUCAAUCGGCACCAGACUUUGAGAUCAUUGCAUCGAGGGCAGACUCAAAGCGGCAGUGGAUGCCUGGAAGUCCCUAUUGGAUGGAUCUACAGGGGUCCAUUGAGACCAUCAGACUAGGAAGCCCACUUCAGAGCGCACUCGGAACGGCAGUGUUGGACAAGACAAGGGCCUGGUACAUGGGUGACGAGCUUUUGCGUCAAGGUCUUAAUGAGAUGUUUUUAGAUUGGCUCGGCAACUCUGGCCUCUGGGAAGUAUACUGCAAUAUGGCAGGGUAG